ACAGUAUAAUAAAGCUAAAAGAGUAUUGAAGUUGUAAGAGUACAAAUACAAGUGAUUUACGUCAUUUUGAACAAGAAAGUAAAGAAGUAAAAUAUAAUUUUAGGCCUAAAAUUUAAAACCUGGCUUAAGACAUUGCUUAGUAUUAUUACUAAUAGUAAGAUUAACGAUAACCGACACCAGCUCUUGACAAGUCUUGAUAAGUAAAAACUAACUUUAGAAAGUUAUGGAUAAUAGAUUGGUAAAUCAUAUGCUAAAGAAAGGUUUUGCAAAAUGAGUUAAAUUAUUCAAAAAAAAAUCUUUGGUUUUACUUGUAAUUUGAAUACAGGUUGUGGGGAAUAACAUGCGACCUGGAAAACGAGUUGUUUUUACAAAAAUAUGGCACCUGUCAGUUCUCAAGGCCUCAAUGUAGGAGACAUUGAAAUGAAGUUUGCUCACCUGCUUAAUCCAAUAAGAGAUUUAAAGAAAAACUGGGAGAUAGACAUAGCAGCCUACUUAGAAGAAUACCUUGCAGAACUUGAAGAAUUAGCAUUUUCUUUUAAUAAUGGAGCUACAGCCCUUAACUUUGCUGAGGCUGCUUUACUUAUACAAGGUUCUACUUGUGUCUACAGUAAAAAGGUGGAAUAUCUUUAUCAGCUUGUGUUUCAAAUGCUCGAACUUCUUAGCAGCAGCAAGAAAUUAGCUCAGUAUAGAUCAGAAGGUGACCAAGAAAAGGAUAAUGAUGUACUUCGAAACCAAGCUCAGGAUUUAGAAUUUAUAGCCUUGGAUGACUUGAGAGAGCAAACAAAUCUUGAUCUUGUUGAAGAAACUUCAAAUAGCAAUAGAAAAAGAUCAGGGAUAAAAUUUUUACCACGUAUCCCUACUUCUCUAAUUCCUUUAGAAGAAUCAGAGAAAGGAAGUGUUACAUUAUACAACCAUAAGGGAGAAGAUCUUGGAAACAAGCAUGACUUUAGAGUCAAUAUUUGUCGCUUGGAUCCAUCAGGAGCCCUACUUCUGCAUAGUACGUGUUAUACAAGUGAUCUUAACAGACAACCAGUAACUGUUAUGCUUCACACUUCCAGAACCAGUCAGUGCCAUGAAAUUAACGUAGAGAGAGAGAAGGAUGCUCGAGGAACAGAUACUUACAAUGAGAUAGAUCUAUUAGAAAUUCCAUCUUCACCAAUACCAUCCCCUCCUCCACCUUCAGAAACUGAGAGUUCAACUCCCAGAAGGUUGCGACAGAGAAAAUUAAACGAGAACCAUACAUUGUGCACACCUCAACCUAUAGACCCUUGGAAAUCUCUUGAUCCACAUGAAUAUACUCCUAAACUGCAAAGAAUUUUGAAGAGGGGUGAAACUAAUAGAGUUCCAAAGAACAUCCAACAAAACAUUCAAGUUAACAAGAAGAAGAGAAAACGAAAAAGAGUGAAAAACAAAGACACAUCAAUCCUUCCUGUAUCUCAUUUCUGUACAGAAGCAAAUUUUCCAUAUUCAUCCAAGUUUCCACGAAAUCAAAAUAAAAUUCCUCAAAGCUCAGUUUUUUAUGACUUGUAUUGGGACGAAGUUAAAAGAAAAAAAGCACAGAAGGCUAAAAGAAGAUUGUUUAUAGAAGAGCAAGAAAAAGAAAAUGUGGAUGAAGCAGAAGAAGAAGAAAGGGCAGAUGAUAACUCUUCUUGUGAAGAUAACAGAGAUCCAGAGGGGGAUGAUGAUGAUCCUGUGCCAUUAGCAGAAUUUGAAGAUCUGCCACUCCCCCUAGAUGAUGAUGGUGAUAAUUAUUGCACAAUAGAAAGAGAAAUAAAUGAAGUGCAUCCUCUUGAUGUUAGUCAAAUUGAGGACCUACCUAUAGUGUCAAGUUAUGAAGAGCUGGUUCAGAAGCAUGUGGACAGAUACUUAUCUGGAGCAGUUGAGUUUAGACAACUCACAGAUUUAGCUAAACAUGUCAAUGAAUGGGAAGAAAAGAUAAAGCCCAAGCUUGAACUAGAGUGUCAGAGAGAGCCUUAUGACAUUCAUGUUUAUGGAAAUGGUGUACUGGAGAGCUUUCUAGCCAAUGAAAAGAAAGAUACAAUACUUUUCUCAGACUUCUGUCAAGGAAAGGAACACUGGGAAGUGUGUCGGUAUUUCUUAGCAACAUUGCAGCUGGCCAAUAACUACAAUGUCCAAAUUUCUUCAACUGGGAUUUUAGAAGAUGGAAUGGAUGCCAUGUCACUUACUCUUUUGUCAAAGAGACAACAUCAUGAGGAACUGAGAGAAUUUGGAGUCUUUUCUGCCAAAGCCACCUUGGUCACAGCACUCUGUCCAACAGAAAUGACACCAGAUCCUACAGAUAUUGUUGUGUUAGCUGCCCACUUAACUCCCCCUACCCCAAUUCCUACAGCCCCAGCACCAAUGUUGUAUAAUCCUGAGGAAACUUUUCCCAUCCAACUACUCUGGGUUGGAGCCUCCACUGUAGAGUUAGGACCUGAAAAAAAGGAGAAAAUAAACCUCGGGCUCAUUCACAAUAGAUGCACACUCAACUGAUGAGUUCUGGUAUUGAAUGGAAAGUGUACUGGGCAGUGACUUGUGGAAAAUAAAAGAUAGAUCUGAAAUGCUUUUUUUCCCCCACACCACUGAUUUCAAGCUGCAAUGGACAAAUUAAGAGGAAUGUGGAAAAACAAAACAUCUACUGUUAACUUGUUUUUAUAUGAAAUAUCCGGAAUAUCUUGUAGGUGUUACCUUUUUAUGCAUGAAACAAACUGGAUCAAAGAUUAGUAAGGUCAAACCUAUAUUAACUUGUAUUCCAACCUACUGCCUUAAUACUGCACCAGAUAUUAAUAAACAGAGAAGUACUGUA